AUGGCAGACAUCAAAGGCACGACAGCGCGUCUGCGCAAAGCGUUCCGCUACCCAGACGACUCGUCAUCAACAAACUCCCCCGAGGCCAUGGACGAAGAAGCCCAGAACGAAUCCCACAACGCCUCCUUCCGGCAGCUCCUCCUCGCCCUCCCGGCCCUCGCCUCCCUGCCCUACCUCGUCGCCGUCUUCCAGCGCGCGUCCCACCCCCUCCUCCUCCUGACCCUGCUGGCGCUCACAUCCCUCGCCUCCACGGGCUACCUCCUCUACUCCCUGCCGCCCCCGGCCACGGGUCUCCCCCUCCUCGACGCCCUCGCCAGCGGACAGCAGCAGUCGCAGCAAGCCUUCAGCCUCCGCCAACAACAGCAGCAGCGCCGGCGCCGCCGGUCCAGCUUCUCCGUGGCGCCGGACCCGGCCCGCGGCCCCCUCGAGACCUGGCUGCCCUACAUGAACCUGGGGCUGUGCGCCGUCCUCGCGCUGCUGGGCCUGCUCGCCCGCUCGCGCCUGGCGUCCGAUGCCGGCGGCGCCCUGGGGCCCGCCGGCCUGGGCCUGCUGCCGGGCGUCGUGUACGCCGUCGUGCUCGUGGCCAAGAUGCUCAUGGCGGGCGUCGACCCGGAGCGGGAGCUGGCGGCGCUGCGGUACGAGUACAAGGGCGCGUGA